UGCGGCUACUAGAAUUAAAUUCAACAAGUCGACUACUGUUAAAUUAUUAAAACAAUAAAAGUCAACUGAGGACAAUAAAAAUCCACUCACUUGGAAAUACUUAGGCAUAACAAGUAAUGUCCCAAGUUCUUAAGUCACGUGAAAUGGAAUGACAUUAAAAAAAAACAAUGACAAGUUUGUUGUCAAACGUCCACGAAGGCGCUGAAAUUAAAUUUUCUUCGGGAAACAAUCAUUUAGUUUCUGGAAAAUAUGAAUAUUACCAUUAUUUAUGUGAUGGAUUUGAUGAUAGGGGCUGGGGAUGUGGUUACAGAACAUUACAAACGCUAUGUUCCUGGAUGAACCAGAAUUACCAGAUAAGUGUAGAGGUUCCAUCUAUCAGACAGAUUCAAGAGAUUUUGAUUGACCUGGAAGACAAACCUAGAUCAUUUUUAGGUUCUAGGCAAUGGAUUGGCAGUUUUGAGGUGUGUUUAGUGAUAGACAAGCUAUAUGACAUCCCAUGUAAAAUAAUCCACGUAAACAAAGGAGAUAACUUAAACACCAUAGUGGACACUUUGAAGACCCAUUUUGAGAUGUUCGGGAGUCCUAUUAUGAUGGGUGGAGAUGUUGACUGCUCUUCGAAGGGCAUCAUGGGAAUUCAUACUGACAAUUCUGAAGCAAGUCUUUUGAUUGUGGACCCACACUAUGCGGGAAAGGAGCAGACCAAAGAAUUCCUACAGAACAAGGGCUGGGUGAAAUGGCAGCCACUUAAAGACUUCUUGAGCUCCUCUUUCUAUAAUCUAUGUCUGCCACAAGCUAAGUCUAAAACUAUUAUCUAAUACAUAUGUUUAAUUUAUUCACAGAUAAAUAAAACGUGUUUUGAAAAA